AUGAUGACAGGUUUCGAAUUGGCAAGUGUCGUCGGAUGGAUGGAUGGAUGGAUGUGUGACAAGGGUGGGCAAGAAAAUAAAUUGAUGAUUACGAAGCCGUUCGACAGUUGUAUAAAGUGCCACGUUAUGUUUUUCUUUAAAAUUUAUUUCUCAUGUAGUGAAUUUUCAAUCAAACAGAAACAAUCCGAAUUUUGUCAAAACUUUGCUUGUGAAUUGCAAACAUGUCUCGACAAGCAUUUGUAUAAUCCAGAUAAAUGUGAGAAAGUUUUGGAUAAAUUGAAGCAAUGCUGUUUGGAUCAUGGUGCUCAAAGUCCAAUUGUUUGUUCCGGUUUUCCUACCUCGAAACCAUCAGCAUCAAAAUAA